AUUUCUACAAACAGUUGGCGCCCAAGCGAUCUCCGCCCAUUUCUUCUUCUUCCUCCUACCCCCCAAAUUCAGAGAUGGAUAGCAGAGAGAAACCUGGGGCAGCGAUGGAGCAGCUCAUCAAUGGCUUCUCUCAUGAACAAGCCUCCCAGGCCCUCGCAGCCACUGGCCCCAACUCCACCCUCGCCCAAGCCGCCGACUGGAUCCUCACCGCCUCCUCCACCCAAUCCUCAGCCCGAUCUAACCUCAACCGCUUCCUCAAAAGCCCAAAACCCAAGCCCAAUCAAAUCCCACUCUCGGACCGGAUGCGGCCCAAAACCCUAGCUCAGAUCCUGGGCCAAGACCACCUCCUCAGCCCGACCUCCGUCCUCCCCUCCUCCCUCUCGCGCCGCCUCCCCUCCCUCAUCCUCUGGGGCCCACCUGGCUCCGGCAAGACCUCCAUCGCCCGUGCCAUCUCCUGCCCUCCCUCCCACCGCUUUGUGUCCCUCUCCGCCGUCACCGCCGGCGUCAAGGAAGUCGGGCGCGACGCCGUCGACGCCGCCCGCAGGUCGAAGAGCCCCACCGUCCUCUUCGUCGACGAGAUCCAUCGCUUCUCAAAAUCCCAGCUCGAUUCGUUCCUCCCCGCCGUCGAGGACGGAUCGAUCGUCCUCGUCGGCGCCACCACGGAGAACCCGUCCUUCCAUCUCACUACUCCGUUGCUGUCGAGGUCGAGAGUCCUCCCCCUCGACCCUCUCAAACCGAAGGACCUCCGCUCGUUGCUGCAGCGAGCUGUGGAAGAUAAAGAGAAGGGAAUCGAAUUUACCACCGGAACCCCGAUGUCCAUUGAUGACGACGCGAUUGGGUUCUUGUCCACGCGCUGCGACGGCGAUGCCCGUGUCGCUCUCAACGCUUUGGAGACCGCCUCAACGUUGGCGGUCAACCGAGGCUCGACCAAUAUAACUAUCGAUCAUGUCAAGGACUCAAUGCAAUGCAAACAUUUGGCCUACGAUAAGGAUGGAGAGGAGCAUUACAACUUGAUCAGUGCCCUGCACAAAUCAAUGAGAGGCAACGAUGCGAAUGCGGCGAUCCUGGACCCCGCUGCGCUUGGCCAGGCCGUGGCCUGCUACCAGGCGUGUCAUUUUCUUGGGAUGCCAGAGUGCGACGUGAACUUGGCUCAGUGUGUGGCAUACUUGGCGAUGGCGCCAAAGUCGGUGGCAGUGUAUAAGGCGUUGGGGGAGGCGAGGAGGACGGUGAGGGAGUCUGGCGGAGGGAAUGCAGGGGUGCCGUUGCAUCUGAGGAAUGCGCCAACGAGGCUGAUGAAAGAGCUUGGGUAUGGAGAAGGGUAUGUUUAUACGCCGGAGGAUCCAGAGGGGUCGAAGUUGCAGAGUUAUCUGCCGCCGGAGUUGCAAGGUAGGAGGUUUCUUCAGUGGUCGCCGGUGAAGGAGAAGGGGACCGACUGAGGUGGACAAAGGAUCGUAAACUCCAUUUUGGUAAAGGCUUGAGUUUAUGCUUUUGUUGAAAUGUUGAUGAUGUUUGUAUGGGUUUCUGAUAUAUGCUAGCAGCUACUAUCAGAAUCUACUCGGUCUCAGGUGAUAGACUUCAAUGCCUUAAGUAAAGUUAUGGGGAGAAAAUGUCUGAAGAUAACAGUACCAGUUAAAGAUAAUAUCACUGAAAGUACUAUCUUAAAAUGCUUGUAAUUUUCUCUGAUCUUAACAACAACAACAACAAAUACUUUUUCUA